UGUACGUUUCAUUGGCUGCUCUUUGGCUGCUCUUUCCUGUCUGAAGUUGCUUGCUCUGGGUUACUGCGACCAACUAAGAAGCAAAAUGAGGCGAAUAAUUGUAGCUGUUUUGGCUCUGUGUCUGACUCUUUGUGCAGCUGACACUUGCACAGAGCCAGUGAUCUCCACCUCAUCAUACACAACAGGUGAUGCAGUGAUCUCCUCCGAGACAGUCUUCAUUGUUGAGCUGAGUCUGGCAUGUGGAAAUGGAGUUCAGAGUGUUGCUCUUUACGCAGAUGUUAAUGGCAAACAGUUUCCUGUAACCAGAGGUCAGGAUGUUGGAAAAUAUCAGGUUUCCUGGAGUGUUCCCCACAAACAAGCCAGCUCAGGAACAUAUCAAGUAAAGUUCUUUGAUGAGGAGGCUUACAGUGCCUUGCGUAAGGCCCAGAGAAAUAAUGAAGAUGUAGACGCGAUUAAGCCACUGUUUUCUGUCAAUGUCGAGCACAGGGGUGCAUGGAACGGUCCUUGGGUGUCCUCUGAGGUCUUGGCGGCAAUCGUCGGCAUCGUCCUGUAUUACUUGGCAUACAGCACUAAGAGCUCAAUUCAGGCAUAAAUAUCUCAGUGGAUGAAAUCGUGAAAAGCAACUCAGUCGUGUAAACAUAAUUCAUAACCCAUUUUUUUUCUAUCAGAGAGUGCUCAUGUUUUGUAAGCAAUUUGUUCUAGCCAGGAGAUUUUUGGAAGCAGUUAGGAGAAGCCUGAGUAAUAACCUGUGUAUCUGUGUUAUUAGAUGUGUACUUGAUGUUCUGAGGACACAUUCUGGCUUUUGGAAUGUCUGCUUGUCAAUGAAAUUCAUUGAAUAAAAAUUAAAAUUUUUAA